UUCGUACUGGAGGAGAAACUACCGAAUCCGAAUCCUUUCUCAAUCGUCGAGGCGAGGAGUCGUUGGGCGUGCGUAGAGAAGCGCGCGUACAAAACCCUCAAAAUCGUCGUGGACAUCAUCAUCGUCUUCAUCGUCGUCAUCAACCCCCAAACCCCAUUUCUAGGGUUUCCAAAUCCCGAAACCAGACACCUCCCAUGGAUGGAGUCUCUCAUCCUGAGGAGGUGCUUUUCGAGACUCGCCAUCACGCCACUGAUUCCUUCUCGUCGUCCUCAGAUCUCACUCUCCAUCUUCAACACCAGCAACAGCAGCAGCAAGGUGUCAGAGGCCGUCUCUUUUCACUGCUUUCGAGCCGAGGUAUUAACCAACUCAAGGAGAAAUGGAGUGGGAACAAACGGCCAAGAUCGUUGAAGAAAUGGGCCUCACUGUUUAUCUCUCCUCGGGGCGAAUAUGUUGCUGUUGCUGCUGGAAAUCGGAUUACGAUAUUGCAUAAGGACGACAAUUACAUGGCCCCACGUGGCGUUUUUAUUGGUAAUGACAGGUUGACUAUUUUUAUGCACGGAGCCUGGUCAGAUUCCCAUGCUGUGCUAGGAGUUAUUGAUGACAUGAAUACACUCUAUUUUAUCAAAGCAAAUGGGGAGGAGAUAACAAGGAUGAUGAACAGGCAGUUAAAAAUGUCCGCAUCUAUUAUUGGUAUUAUUGUGCAAGAAGAUCCAGAUGCGGAAAACUCUUGCUUGUGUACCUUCAACCUUCUUAUGUCUGACGGUUUGCUUCAUCAUAUUGAGGUCAGUCAGGAUCCAACUGCAAGCAUUUCGUACAUGCCCACUUCAAACAAUCGGUUAGCACUUUUGAAGCAAUUCCCCCAAAAUGUGGCAUGCCUUGAUUUCCAACCAAAAUCUUCCCUGCUAAUCCUAGUUGUUGGUGCUGGUAGUGCCUCGACGAACUCCAAGGAUAGUUCUGGAUUAUAUUGUCUAUCUCUAUGGCGUAUAACUAGAAAUUCAGAUAUAGAAUUUUUGUUCUGCAGUACUCAUUCUGAAGGCUUAUUUUCCAUCCCAGAAGGUAAUGUAGGACCUUUCACAACUCCAAAAGUGGCAAUCUCACCACGAGCAAAGUAUGCUGCCGCUCUAGAUUUGACAGGAAGCUUAGACAUUUUCAAUGUGGAUGUUGAACUAUGUUCUUUUUCCGUUAUUUCUUUUGAUGAGAAGUGCCACUCUCAAAAAUCUUUAUCUAGUAGGAGGAAAUGCCUAAAUGAUAUUGUAGAUUUCAGUUGGUGGUCUGACCAUAUCGUGGUUCUUGCGAAGAGGACUGGUGUUGUCACCAUGGUUGACAUUUGUAGCGGUACGAAACUUGUGGAGAAUGAUCCACUGCUUUCUAUGCCGGUUUUAGAAAGAGUUCAGGAGUGCCAAGGAUGUGUUUUUCUUUUAGAGAGUACUUCUGAGGACAGGCAUUCGCUUGUUUCAUCUGAUCAUAGAGAAACAGCAGACUUUAUGGAUAUUGUGCAGGCUACUAAUGAUCAGUACAACCAGCUAGACACUGGCAGAAUGCGCUGGCGGCUGAUGUCAUUUUCGGAGAAAUCUGUUUCAGAAAUGUACGGUGUUUUAAUCAGCAGUCAACAAUACCAGACUGCCCUGAAUUUUGCUAAUACGUAUGGUCUGGACAGAGAUGAAGUAUUUAAAUCACAGUGGUUGCAUUCUGAUCAAGGCACUAAUGAAAUAAUAAUGUUUUUGGCAAAUAUCAAGGAUCAAAAUUUUGUCCUCUCAGAAUGUGUGGAUAAGGUAGGAUCAACUGAAGAUGCCGCAAAGGCUUUACUGUUGCACGGGCUUCAUAUCACUGACCAGUAUAGAUUUUCAGAAUCAGAAGACGGACAGUGCAACCUAGUUUGGCAUUUUUGUACAGUGAGGCUUCAGUUAUUGCAAUACAGAGACAGGCUGGAGACAUUUGUUGGGAUAAACAUGGGCAGGUUUUCUGCCCCCAAAUACAGAAAAUUCCGGGUUGUGCCUCUAAAUGAAGCUGCUGUAACUCUUGCUGAAAGUGGGAAAAUUGGGGCCCUAAACCUGCUUUUCAAGCGUCAUCCAUUUUCUUUGGCUCCUUUCAUUUUGGAUAUUUUAGCUGCAAUUCCUGAAACAAUUCCUGUCCAAACUUACAGCCAGCUUCUUCCUGGUAGGUCUCCUCCCAACACUGUUUCUCUGAGGGACAGAGACUGGGUUGAAUGUGACACGAUGAUAGAUUUUAUUGACAAAGCAUCAAAAGAUAAUGAGAGCAGUAUCCAAGUGAGAACUGAACUCAUUGUGAAGCAACAGACAGGAUUUGUUUGGCCAUCAGAUUUUGAACUUUCUCUGUGGUACAAGAACCGAGCACGAGAUAUCGAUAGCUUAAGUGGGCAGCUGGAAAAUUGCAUCUCUAUGGUGGAAGUUGCUUGUCAAAAAGGUAUUAUGGAGUUGAGGCUGUUCCAUGAGGACAUCUUAUAUUUGUCUCAUCUUAUAUACUCUGAUGUAUGUGAUGAAGAAAUAAAUUUCACCAUGAGUGUUGUCGCUUGGGAACAAUUGGCUGACUAUGAAAAAUUCAAGAUGAUGCUUAAGGGAGUUAAAGAGGAAACAGUAGUGGGAAGAUUGCGGGAAAAGGCGAUACCAUUUAUGCAAAACAGGUGUUACACAAUGGCCUCUGCUUCUGAAGAUCAGCGUUUCGAAGGUCAUAAGCAGACAGACUCUUUUCUGGUUAGAUGGCUGAAGGAGAUAGCUGCAGCAAAUGAAUUAGACAUAUGCUUGCUGGUCAUUGAGGAAGGAUGCAGGGAUUUCCAGACUGAAUGGGUUUUCGAGGAUGAAGUUGAAGCUGUAGAAACAACCCUGCAAUGCAUAUAUUUGUGCACUCUCACUGAUCGUUGGAAUUCAAUGGCUUCCAUUUUGUCAAAGCUUCCGCAGAUUACUCUACAAGGAAAUACUGGAGGAUAUCUGGAGCCUAAGAAUAUUGACAAAUCUGUUGAGAGCAUAGAGAAAAGAGUCAAACUUGCAGAAGGCCAUGUAGAAGCAGGAAGGCUUUUGGCAUAUUACCAGGUGCCAAAACCAAUGAGCUACUUUCUAGGAGCUCAUUCAGAUGAAAAGAGCGUGAAACAGCUUCUUCGCCUUAUUCUUUCAAAAUUUGGGCGUCGGCAGCCUGGCAGAUCUGAUAAUGAUUGGGCUAACAUGUGGCGUGAUAUGCAGUGCUUUCAGGAAAAGGCAUUUCCCUUUCUGGAUACAGAGUAUAUGCUAAUGGAGUUCUGUAGAGGACUGCUUAAAGCUGGGAAAUUUUCUCUUGCCAGGAACUAUCUGAAAGGUACAGGUUCCAUUGCUUUGGCAACAGAAAAGGCAGAGCAUCUUGUUAUUCAAGCAGCAAGGGAAUAUCUCUUCUCAGCGUCGAGCCUUGCUUGUACAGAGAUUUGGAGGGCUAAGGAAUGUUUAAACCUUUUCCCAAAUAGCAAAUAUGUUAAAGCAGAGGCUGAUGUCAUCGAUGUUCUGACUGUUAAACUUCCAAACCUUGGAGUGACUCUUCUGCCCAUGCAGUUUAGGCAAAUAAGAAAUCCUAUGGAAAUUAUUAACAUGGUAAUUACAAGUCAAAGCAGAGCCUACCUCGAUAUAGACGAACUCAUUGAAAUCGCCAAACUUCUUGGUUUGAGCUCCCAAGAUGAUAUAGCAGCUGUGCAAGAAGCUGUGGCAAGAGAAGCUGCAGUUACUGGGGAUCUGCAGCAGGCUUUUGAUCUCUGUCUUCUUUUGGCUAAAAAGGAUCAUGGUUCCAUUUGGGACUUAUGUGCUGCAAUAGCAAGGGGCCCUGUCCUUGAAAAUAUGGAUACAAGUUCUCGAAAGCUGCUACUGGGUUUUGCUUUAAGCCACUGUGACGAGGAAUCUGUUGGAGAGUUGCUGCAUGCAUGGAAGGAUCUAGAUAUGCAAAUGCAAUGUGAGAAGUUAAUGACACUAACAGGGACUGAGCCUCCAAACUUUUCUGUCCAAGGUUCUUCAAUUAUCUCACAACCUGCCCAUGAUAUUCAAGAUAUAGUUGGUCUAAGUAAUUUCUCUGAAACAGUUGAAGGUUCCUCCGGCCAGGAAGGCAAUGAUGAUCAAGAAAUUCACUUUGAGAACAUCAAAAAGGUACUUUCUACUGUUGGAAAAGACCUGCCUAUGGAAGAUGGGGCUAGUUGGGAUACUCUUUUGAGAGAAAAUGGAAAAGUUCUCUCUUUUGCUGCUUUACAACUUCCAUGGUUGCUUGAAUUGAGUAGGAAAGAGGAAUAUGGUAAGAAGAUGACUUUGGACAAACAAAUUCCUGGAAAACAAUUAAUGAGUAUAAGAACACAAGCUGUGGUGAGUAUCCUCUCGUGGUUGGCUCAAACUGAUAUAGCUCCCAGUGAUGAUCUAAUUGCCUCUCUUGCGAAGUCAAUAAUGGAACCUCCUGUCACUGAAGAGGAAGACAUUCUUGGAUGUUCAUUUCUGCUAAAUCUUGUGGACGCUUUUCAUGGAGUGGAAAUAAUAGAAGAGCAGCUGAGAACAAGGGAAAGAUAUCAGGAAAUCUGCAGCAUUAUGAGUGUAGGUAUGAUAUAUAGUUCGUUAAACAACUACAAUGUCGAAUGCUCAAGUCCUGCUCAGAGAAGGAAGCUGCUGCUGCACAAAUUCCAAGAGAAGCAUGCAUCACUCAGUUCAGACGCAAUGGACAAAAUUGACAAGGCACAGCCUACGUUCUGGAGAGAAUGGAAAACAAAAUUAGAAGAGCAGAAACGGUUGGCUGAUCAGGCAAGAAUAGUAGAGCAAAUAAUGCCUGGGGUGGAAACUGCAAGGUUUUUAUCUGGGGACUUGAACUACAUUCGGACUGCUAUUUUCUCCUUUGUUGAUUCAGCAAAGCUGGAGAAAAAGCCUAUCUUAAAGGAAGCGCUGAAAUUAGCCGAUACCUAUGGCUUGAAUCGCACUGAGGUGCUAUUACGCUACCUUGCUUCUGCUCUUGUGUCGGAGCUUUGGGCAAAUGAUGAUAUACAAGCUGAAAUUUCAGACUAUAAAGAGGAAAUGGUUACCUGUGCUGCAGAAGUCAUUAAUACUAUUGCCACAACUGUCUAUCCUGCAAUUGAUGGGCGUAACAAGCAGCGUCUUGCCUAUCUGUAUGGAAUGCUCUCUGGCUGCUACUCAGAGUUGAAAGGAACUGAAGAGCUAGUUUUGGAACUCCACCACACUCCAGGGCAGACACAUACUUCAGAGUUAUCUCAGUUUUACAAGUUUCUCAAGCAAGAAUGCAGAAGGAUUUCCUUUAUCAAAACCUUCAACUUCAAAAACAUUGCUGGAUUAGGUAAUUUGAAUUUCGAGCAUUUCAAUGAGGAAGUUUAUGCGCAUGUUCAUGAAUCUAGUGUGGAAGCUUUGGCAAAAAUGGUUGAGUCCCUCACUGGCAUUUAUAAAGAUUCAGUGGCCAAGGGUCUGAUAUCAUGGCAGGAUGUUUACAAGCAUCACAUUCUAAGUUUGUUGACGGUCUCAGAGACUGACAUUUCUAAGCUACAUCCUCUCAAACCUGAUGAUUUGAGAUCCUUUAUCAGUGAACUUGAGCAGAACUACGAUUGUUGCGGGAUUUAUAUUCGAUCCUUGUCAGAAGGAUAUAUUUUAGACAUUAUGGGUAGGUACUAUACAUCAAGUCUUCCUCAUAAUUGUUCUGAGAGUGUAUCAAAUGAAUCGGAAUGGCUGGAUUGUCUCAUAUUGCUUCUAAAUUUCUGGAUCAGAUUGGUUGAUGAUAUUCAGCAGAUUAUAUUCCAUGAAAACUCCAAAGAGAAACAGAGCAAGUUUGAUCCAGCAGGACUUUUAGCUUCUCUGAAGGUUCUCAAAAAGUUGAUAAUGGAGGAUGAAAUCUCGGCAAAUCAAGGCUGGGCCACUGUUUCUGCCCUUGCUGAACGUGGGCUUAUGGCCACUGACACCUCCAAUCUCUGCAGAGCCAUGGUUUUUUCAGGUUGUGGUUUUAAUGCUGUUGCAGAAGUAUUUUCUGAAGCAAUAGCAGCAUCUUCCACCUACUUGAGUUCAGUCACGGACAACACUGUUAAUCUGGACGCCACUUAUAAUCUUGCCCAUAUUUAUGUAAAUAUGACAGACUUGGCUUUGCUAGACUUGGGCAGCAGUGAUUCCGGUGACACCCGUAAUUUACACCAUUUGCUGUUGUCACUUAGCAAGAUGGAGGGCAAUCUAGCGGAUUUGAAAAGGGUCAGGUAUGCAGUUUGGGAAAGGUUGAGCGCAUUUUCUCAUAACAUGCAGCUGCAGAGUCAGAUUCGGGUGCAUGCUUUGGAGCUUAUGCAGUCUAUUACAGGAAGAGGUCUUAGAGGUCUUCCUUAUGAACUUGUAUCUGAUGUUCAACCGUGGGAAGGUUGGGAUGAGUCAGACUGUGCUGAAAGCAGGGAGGCUGCUGAUCAAGGUGGCCCACAACAACUAGAUGUGCCUGGCAGGUUUACAAAUACUUUAGUUGCCCUCAAAUCAACUCAAUUGGUUGGAGCUAUUUCAAACAACAUAGAAAUUACUCCCGACGAUCUCAUGACCCUUGACUCAGCUGUAGCUUGCUUUCUACGUUUAUCUGCCGCUGCUAGCUCGGAACGGCAUUUCGAAGUUUUACAAGCCAUUUUAGAAGAGUGGGAAGGGCUUUUUAGCACAAGCAGCAAAGAUGAGGAGGAAUCUGGUGAAGUGGCCAAACCUAGCAACGAUUGGAGUGGUGAUGAGUGGGACGAGGGAUGGGAAAGUUUUCCGGAAGAACCAGUUGAUAAAGAAGGAAAGAAAGGCAGAUCUGUUUCUGUUCAUCCCCUGCACAUAUGUUGGAUGGACGUUGGGAAAAAGCUUGUCGGGCGGUCCCAACUUGCAGACGUGAUGAAAUUAAUUGACCGGUCAUUGUCAAAAUCUAAAGGCAUCUUAUUAACGGAGGACGAGGCCCAGAGCUUGAGUCAGCUUGUACUAGGGAUCGACUGCUUCAUGGCUCUGAAAAUAGUGCUCCUACUUCCUUAUGAAGCCAUUUGGUUACAAUGUCUAAGCACAGUUGAGGCUAAAUUGAAAGAUGGAGGCAUUCUGGACUUGAUACAUGGAGACUGCGAGCUUUUAACUCUCAUCUUAGCAUCAGGAGCUCUUUCAACAAUUGCCACUGAUUCUUCUUACAGCGCCAUCUUUUCAUAUUUAUGCCAAUCCGUGGGUCAUCUCUCUCGUCUAUGUCAGGAAGCCCAGUUAUCCCUGCUCAAACACAGAGGGAUGGGCAGAAAUAGAACUGACACAAAUGGGUUCUCUCUUUUCAGUCGAAUCCUCUUCCCAUGUUUUGUGUCAGAGCUUGUGAAGGCGAGGCAUUGUCUUUUAGCAGGAUUUCUUGUUUCAUUGUUCAUGCACACUCAUGCUUCUCUCAAUCUCAUAAAUGUUGCAGAGGCAAGUCUCAGAAGGUAUUUAGAGGGGCAGGCCCAAGCACAAGAAAGUUGUGGGCCUAUUCUUGAUGAGAUUAAUGGCUGUAGAUCCUUGGUAAAUAGUGUUUCCAACUUGAAAGGUAAGUUGGGAACUUUGCUUCAAGCUGCUAUGUUGGUCCUUUCAACCAAUGUGAAAUGAGGUGUUUUUCUUUUU